UUUUGUUUCUUCGCCGUUCCAAUUUCCGCUCUUCUGUUAAUAUUCUUGGGCGAUCUUCAAGUAAUCAACAAUGCCUAAGCAGAUCCAUGAAAUCAAGGAUUUCCUUCUAACAGCAAGAAGGAAGGAUGCCCGAUCUGUGAAGAUCAAGAGGAGUAAGGAUGUGGUUAAGUUCAAAGUUCGUUGCUCAAAGUAUUUGUACACUCUUUGUGUUUUUGAUACAGAGAAAGCUGAUAAGUUGAAGCAAUCUCUUCCUCCAGGUUUGACUGUUCAAGAUCCUUGAAGCAAAUUGUAUCAAGUAAUCUACAAAAUUUGAGUGUUUUCUUUCUUGGGUAUUUUCUUGUUUUUUUUAAGUGAUGUAAAACUUGUGGGAUGUUGCUUGGAGAAUUUCUUAGAAAUGGAUUGAUAUUUUUUGAUAUUGGUAUUUUUUGAUCAUAUUAUACAUCUAUCAAAGCUUUUAUUUGUUUGGUUA